AGAGGAGGUUAGCGUGUGGCGGAGGGCAGGCAGGCAGGCAGGCAGGCAGGCAGGUGGGAGCAGUGCUCGGGGUGGACGCUGACAGGACGGCCAGGAUCAUCAGCACGUUAUUCCUCCCACACAAGCCGCCAUAAUAGGAUGUAUGAUCCUUAAACUGCUGACUGACAUGGGGUUAGACACCUAGAAAGGUGCAUUUGAGCAAUAAAUUGUUUCCGAGACUGGUACUGAAAUCGGCCUUAUUUCCAGCUCCUGGACACCAAAAUCAAGGUGUAAAAACUGGUGAUAAUGGGUGGUGAGGAACCAGAUAAAAUUAAAAUUGAUCUCUCACCCAACCAAGAUGGCGGCAUUAUAAAGGAGAUUUUAAAAUUGGGAGAAGGAGACGAAGGGCCCUUGCAAGGUGAUCGUGUAUCUGUCCACUAUGUGGGCACUCUUGAAGAUGGAACAAAAUUUGACUCUAGUCGUGACAGGGGGGAACGCUUUGAUUUCACUCUUGGCAAAGGUGAAGUUAUCAAGGCUUGGGAUUUGGGUGUGGCUAGUAUGAAGAAAGAAGAAAUAAGUAGACUAACAUGCAAAAGUGAAUAUGCGUAUGGGGAGCGAGGCAGUCCACCAAAAAUUCCACCCAAUGCUACUUUGGUGUUUGAGGUAGAGUUGUUUGAGUGGCAUGGUGAGGAUCUCAGUUCUAAAAAAGAUGGGGGAAUAAUCCGAAGAAAUAUUGUUGCUGGAGAAGGAUACUUGACCCCAAAUGAUGGUGCAAUUGUAGAUGUGUGUGUCAUCGGUAGAGUGAAUGGCACAGUAUUUGAUGACAGAGAUGCUAAAUUCCCUCUUGGUGAAGGAACUGAGCACAAUAUUCCAGAAGGCCUAGAAAGGGCACUAGAGAGAUUUAAAAAAGGAGAGAAAUCUACUAUCAAACUAUCACCAAAGUAUGCAUUUGGAUCUGCAGGGAAUGUAGCCAUUGGUGUUCCACCUGGUGCUUCCUUAGAAUAUGAGGUCGAGUUGAGAAAUUUUGAAAAGGCUAAAGAGUCCUGGGAAAUGGAUCAGGAGGAAAAAGUUGACCAGGCGAAGGGAUGCAAAGAUAGAGGAACCACUUUCUUCAAACAAGAGAAAUAUCGACUAGCAGUAAAGCAGUACAAGAAGAUAAUUGAUCUUCUACAGUAUGAUAAUGGUUUGGAUGAUGAAAAAAAGGCUGAAAGUCAUAUGCUUUUGCUUGCUGGGUAUUUGAAUCUUGCAAUGGCUUAUCUUAAACUGAACGACAACCCUCGUGCACGAGAACAUUCCACUAAAGCUCUUGAGAUGGAUAACAAGAAUGUCAAAGCUUACUUUAGAAGAGGUCAGGCCAACCUGAACAUGGGUGAAGCAGAACUAGCUCAAAUGGAUUUCCAAGUUUGCCUUGACAUAGAUCAAACAAACAAAGCUGCAAAGCAACAGUUGCAACGGUGUGCUGCACAAAUCAAGGCUGAUAAGGUGAAAGAGAAGAAAAUCUAUGGUGGUAUGUUUGAUAAGUUUGCCAGGCAAGACAAGGAUAGAGAAGCAGCAGAAGCCAACAGAUGGAAGGAUGUCAUGGCUGGUGAUUUAGGGGAAUGGGGAAAUGCAGAGGAAAAGAAUGAUUCUGGCAAGAGCGAACUUUCUAAGUUGGUUAAUAUUGAUGGUGUUCAAAUGCUCUAAUACUCUUUUGAGUUUAUUAUCUUAAAAUACUUAAAGGGACAAUUAAGGCAGUGUAUGAUGCAUUAUGCAUCAUAGUGGAGUUUACUGUGGAUUACUCUGGUGAAAAAGAGAUCAGUGUUGGUUAAAUACUUGCUUUUUAUUAUUUCAUGCACAGUUAUCAGUGUGAAUUUUUUUUCUUGUAAAAAAAAAAGUUACUGGACGUUCAAGAUACAUUCUAAGGAAUGGAAGUUUCAGAUGCACUACUGCCUAUGUAAAGUUAGGAACAAUCUCGUCUUUUUAAAUACGUUUAAAAUGGUUGCUAUUAAUUAUUUUUGCCUGAAACAUCAAUUGCUGUGCAACCAUGAAAGGUGUGUAUUUAAAACUGCUGGCUUUUACCAAAAAAUAUUUACAUUUUCAUGUUCUGUACUACAUUAAUGUUAAGAAUUUUUUACUCUCCCUAGGAAUUUAACAACCAACAAGGUUAUGCAAACUUCUGAAGUGAAGAUAAAAUGGAAUUAGAGAGACUACAGUAAACUCAGUACAACUGUAUGACAAAUUGUUAAUGAAUUUACACAAAAUUUAAAGUAUGUUUUUUAUUGGAUGUGCAUUCAUAUCUCCUCAAAUUAAGUUACUAUAUUGUACUUGAAACUGCUUGUAAAUAUUAGCUUCUUGUUGAUGUGUUUUGCAAAUGAAUGUAAAGUACAUUAUAUUAAUAAUAAUAAAGGAAUGUGUAGUAAUAAGGUGCAGCAACUACAUACAGUUCUCUGGCUACACUACACAAUGCCACAUUUUACAUUCAUACCGAAUUUUUUCCAACAUCUUGGCUCUUAUUUUCAAACACAUAAUUGACAAAAUUUCAACUGUAGUAUGUGUACCUUUAUUUUGUAAACAAAAAGCAGCAUUCAUUCUCUUUAUUUUUUUCAUUAACAAAUAAGAUUAUGAAACAAAAAAUUUGGUUAGUAAAUGCGGUCAAUAAAAAACGAUGAUUUAAUGAAAAUAAUAUGUAGAGGAAUGGGAAAUAAUAAGGGUUAAAUAAAUUACCAUCCACACACAUCUGUGGAAAUAAACAGUUGUUUAUUUCACUAUCGAACACUAUCAACUAGCAGUUGAUAGUGCUAUCAACUAGCAGUAGCACCGGCCUCACACAUGCGUGGGGUCCACGGUCCGAGACCCACAUAGUCCAGGUAAAUGGAAUAAGGGUCAAGAAAUAUCAAAUGUUUACCUGGAACUGUGCAAAUACUACCUGAGAAAAUAGUAGAACAAAAUUUUCAUGGUAUCCAUGGGCUACCAAAACAAAAUUUUAAUUAAUGUAUGUUAUUGCAAUACAUUAUUGAAUAAAUAUCUGCCUGAAAGUAGUUAUAAUAUAUUGCAGAUUUUAUUUGUAAGCAUUGUAUAGUUAACUAUGUAAUAUAGUAAAAGAUUAAGAUAAAAUUGUUAUAACUAAAUUACAAAAUUUGUGUAUUAUAGGAUCUGUAAGACAUGUUCCAGUGGGUGAGCUGAUGCUCAAGAUAGAUGGAUGACCCUAUAUACUGUUCAGUGGUCCAGGACAGUAGAUGGAUGGGUAAUUUCUUGAUUUGCAUCCUUUUCUUGCCUUGAACUGUAUAGCAUUUAUGACCGAAUUUUGUGCCACUGCAAUUACUUUAUUUAGUUUAUCAGCAUUGUAUCUAUGCCUUAUUUUAUUUUAAUGGCUGGUUAUGCUUGAGUAUGUUAUGUUACUGGUAGGUUCUGUGCACUUGUGAACAAAAAUAACUUGAUACUUCUUGUGCAAAAACCUGUAGUUUGUUUGCUCUUUUAUCAAAACUGUGUGUUUUGGUGCUUUUUACUAUCUGUAUCGGUCGCAUAUUUACAGUUUAAAAAAUUACUUUCGGUUCUUCGAGGCUGGUAUGAAAUUUUAAGCUCUUGAUCUUCAAGAGAAUGGUCAGCAAAUAUACUCCAUUUUAUGUUAUUAUUAAACAAGCAUAUUAAGAUCCUAAUGGUGUUGCUGUACACAUUGCAUAAUUUUGGAUUUAUUAUGAUGACAUUGUGCUGUAUGUGUAUCUUUGAACUCUUUUAAAAAAUUCCUAUUGUGUAUAAUAUAAUCUUGAAUACUCAUAAUUCAGGACUAGAUUAAAAUUCCAUUUACUCUAAUUAAAAUUGUUAAAAUUGGUUAGGCUAGCAUACAUAAGCUUGAGAAAAGUUAUCAUAUAGUACAGGUACUAUAAUUUGAAUAUUUUUUCAUUUAAGUUGUUAAUGAAAAGUAAAGUAAAAUUUACCCUAUGUAAAAUUUUAUGCAGAAAAAUAGUGUAGUUUCAGUCUUGUAGGCUGAAUUUUCAGGAAUACACUCUUAAUAGAGUAAAUUUAACCAUCCACACUUAAGCAUAAAAUGAAUAUAUCAAUCA